AUGCCGAAGCUGGCCGCCAGGGCCGGCCACGGCUCGCCCAGCACAGCGCGCGGCUGGACCACGAAGCAGGAGGCCAACACUCCCGAGGCGCCACGUGGGCAGGGCAACAGGGCGAGACAGGUGGCGGCGCCGCGGAGGGUCACCAAGCAAGAAAUCAAGCGGGGGGAGUUGAUCCGGAUCUCGCAGGUCCUGCCAUCCGCGGGCGCGGCCGAGGUGCACGAGGUGGCGGGCGAGUUCGGGGCGGCGCAGCACGUCGCAUUCUUGCUCGACGCCAGGCACAAGAGGGGGCCUCUGGCCCCAUCGGGGCCCACGAAGCAUCGCCGCGCGUCUGCAGCGCUCGAGGCCGUGAACGACGAGAACCGCUUCUUCCCGGGCGCGGCGCCGAUUGCGAUGCGCUGGGCGACCGUCGCGCACAAGCGAGGCGCCCCGUGGUCAUGCGCGCGGCGCCCCGCCUGCGGGAACAACGCGGGCCCGCUGAAGUGGCGCUGCAGGGCGCGCGACAGGGCAGGCAAGCGCUACGAGGACGGCCAGGGCGGCCAGAACGGCAAGGACCGUCGGGCCGACUGGGACGGCAAGGGCAGCAAUUGCGGCAAGGGCCGCCGUGCUGACGGGGGCGGCAAGGGCGGCCCGCUGAGCGAGGGCCCACGCGACCAGCGCACGCAGGCCGCUGCUCGCGCGGCGGUGGCGGAGCUGGCCCGGGGGCUGUCCACAGGGGUGGUGUUGCGGGCAUCCUCAGCGCCCUGCCCGCCCUGCAGCUGCGCACCCGCUUUGAGCUGCCCUGCCUGUCCCGACUGCCACCUCGAGUGCGGCCCGGGCAGCAUCGUCAGCUCUCCUCGGCAGGUGCCGGUCUACUUCGUGCUCUUCUCCUACGUGCUGGCGGCCCUCGUGGGCGGCCUCUUCGGCUUCAUCGGCGGGGCGCUUUGGUGCCCAGGGCUGUCCGCGGCCGGGCGGGGCCCGGCUCCCGCUGCGCAGCGGGGCAGCGGGGCGCGCACCGUGGCCGCGGCGACGUCAGGUGGGGAGGAGCUGCAGCUGGCGACGGAGGGCGACUUCAUCCUGCUGCUGCACAGCGUUGCGGGACGCCGCAUAUGGCACGAACGGAUGGUCGUCUACCUCCCGCCGGGGGGCGUCACCGCGAUGACGACGCUGACCCCGGACGACGACUCGUAUGAGGAGGACGUCGCCCCUGGUGGGGACGUGCUGCGCUGGGGGCGCCUCCCCAACGGCAUCAUCGGCGGCGCGGCUGGCUUCGUGGCAGGGGACCGCGCGUGCCGCUUCCGCCACCCUCCGAUGCCGGCCGCCGCUGGCGCCCUUCGUGAUGCUGCUGCCCUGCGGCUCGGCUUUCCUGCCCCUGGCCUCCGGCUGGCGCCCAACGCUGGUGCCGCCCGCGGCGUGGCGCCUGCUCCCGCCCCAGACGGCGGUGGAGCGGCGCCUGGCGCGCCUGGGGGCGGAGGCUUGGCUGGGCCGGUAGCGGCCCUGGGCGGCCCGGGUGCUGGCCCCGCGGCGGCUGCCGGCGCUCUGGUACCUGGUGGCGGGGCGCUGCCUGCGGCUGGAGGCGCGGCGCCUGCGGCGGGCGCCCCCGCUGGCGCGGCUGCAGCUGGCGCCUUGGUGCCAGCGGCCCCAGCACCAGCGGUGCCUCCAGCGCCCCCGGCGCUCCUUGCGGCUGCCGCCCCCGCUGGAGCCGCGCCCGCCUUGCCCGACAUCGGGGGAGCCUCUGGGCUGCCGGUGGGCUCGCCAGGCGACGCUCGCAUCCUCGGCAUCACCACCGAUGCUCGCGGGCAGAGGUACAAGGACUUCAGGGGCGCGGUCAACGGUAUGACGCAGAACACCUACCCUGACUGGCCUAUCAGAGGGCCGAGGACGGCCUGGUGGGUGUGCCGCUUCAUGCUGGGAGUCCCCGAGCACGAGCAGGCGCGCCGCUUGCUGGAGACCUCGGCGCGCCACGACCAGGUCAACGUUCCAGACGUGGCGGCGGCGGAGCUGGCCGCCCGGAGCUUGCAGCUCAUCGAGGAGAAGUACAGGGAUCGGUUGUCCGGGAACGCCCACACGGAGGCGGCCGACAGCCAUCUCUACUAUGGCACGGACAUGGAGUGGAUCAGCGCUGAGUUGGGCAGGGAGUGCGCUGCGUUGACAGAGCGCCGGAAGGCCCGGGAGGAGAGGCUGCUCGCUCGACCGAAGGGCGGGCCUAAGAAGCCCGGCGAUCCCAAGGGCCCCGGCGCCGACAAUGCCUGA